AUGUCAGCUGGGCUUUCCCGUGAUGUUCCAACCACUUUCGAGCGCGGGGGUGUUUAUUUUGACGAGAACGAGACGAUCAGCAACGCAGCAUGGGAUGCGAUUGAAUACUAUCACGGCACUGUAGCCCUCGACCACGAUUAUGCAGCGUCGAAGGGUCUACCGCGAUCGCAGAACUUUCCAUGGGACGACACCAAAGGCAUCUACUUCCUGAACGGGUUCCACGAUCUCCACUGCGUGAAGCGCAUUCGACGAACGAUGCUGCAGCUCCGUGAUGGCGUCCCCCUCACCUCCCCGGUCUCCCACUCCCUCCAUUGCCUCAACUCGCUGCGCCAAGACAUCCUCUGCGCCGCCGACGACACCCCUCUCUACACCAGUUACGACCACCCCGGCGCCGUCGGUUUCGACCAACCGCGGCAAUGCCGAAGCUGGGAAGCGCUCGAGGAUUGGGCCAAUGAGCGCACGGCGUGCUGGCGCGAUAUAAAUUCUGGUCAGCAUAUCGAUACGCUGUUUAGGUACCGGUACUGUCCCGAAGGGUCACCGUAUAAUGAACACAUCCAGGCUAUCUUUGGGGAGUUUGAGAAGGGGGAGAAUGCAAGUGCUUUUACCUGA